AUGCCAGCCGUUGUGUCUCCUCCGCCACUGUGGGCAGGAGAUGAGGAGGAGCACGAACGAAACGGACACGAGGAGGUCGAGCAAAUCGAACAACUCGAACAGCUCGAUCAACACAAUCAACAAAAUCAGCUGAAUCAACCAAGUCAACUAAAUCUAGUUGAACCCAACCAACACGAUCCUCUCUUCACGCUCAGCACCGCUUCCCCACCCUCUUCUUCCGUUUCUCCUUUCUCUUCCUUGUCCUCCUUUUUCUCGUCUCGUCCCACUGCCUUUCCUCCACUUCUGUCGCACUCGCUCGCAUCGACCGCUCACUGGCUGCUUCUGGCCGCGACGUUGGUCCUUGUCAGCUCGUUGUUGGUGGCGGCUCGUCGUCUCGUGUGCGGCAGACCGAAGCGUCGGCGUUUGUCGCCGUCGACCGCCUCAGCCCUGGGCCGACAAAACACCAAGACAACACACGACGGCAACGUCCACGUCCACGUUCUGUCCGAAAAGGAUAAGACGCGCAACGAGCCCAUCAACAACGCCAAGGACAAGUCGAUCCAUGACCAGACACCACGCGCCAGCUUUGACGCAAUCACUUACACAUUGCCCACAUCUCCAUCGGCACCUACAUCCACAUCCACUUCCACAUCCACAUCCACACCCCCAUUUCCUGUCCCAUUCAUCCCAUUUACACACCUGCCUACACGCCCUCCUUCGCUCGGCUUUCCCUAUCCUCUUCCCACCCCGGUCAACUUUACCGGCAACUACAACGCCAGCUACAAGGUCAACACCCACCCGCAGGCGCAGCCCCAGAAACGCCUUCGUCGCGUCCGUGUCUACCACCUGCAGAACCGCUGGCCGGCCGACACCAUGGACAAGUCGCGGAGAGCAUCUUCGGCGUCGUCGUCGACGUCAAUGACGACGACAACGACGACGACUUUGGUCCCGGACCAUGCCGCGGCACCCCGGCCGCCACCGCUGCCGCUGUCCACCUCCAGCUUUGCCUUUGAGCGGCCCACGUUGGCCAGUGGCCGGGCGGGGCAGGACGAUGACAUGGGUGACGACAUGGACGGCAACGACAGCAACGGCGACGAAGCACCGGGGACGGCAUCGCCCACCCGCGUGGCAGCGUCCAUUGCCUUUAUCCACCAGCCCAACCCAGACUACGCCAACGUGGGCGACGAGGAGACGUUGACGGCGGCGACGGCGACGGCCCCGCCGCCGGCCGAGCUGCCCUCAUCCCCGUCCGUGUCGACGGUGACAGAGACGCUCCCCGCGCUCGACACGGGCGCCACCAACGAACUGUUGUCCGUCCUCGGCGCCGUCCCCGACGUCGCUGCGGCCGGCGACGGCGACUGGGGCGGGCAUACGCGCGUGUACGGCGGCGGCGUGUGUCUGGCCUGCUUGGCGGCGGAGAGCAGUGGUGGCCAAGGGGGCGAGUACGGCGCCAGCGUGCCAAUGGAGCAGCGGCGGUAA